AGCUGUCGUGGUGAGGACCAUGUUGCUGCCGAACAUCCUGCUCACGGGUACACCAGGUGUUGGAAAAACCACGCUGGGCAAAGAACUUGCACCAAGAGCAGGACUGAAAUACGUUAAUGUGGGUGAUUUAGCCCAAGAAGGGCAGUUGUUUGAUGGCUAUGAUGAAGAGUAUGAGUGCUCCAUUUUUGAUGACGAUAAAGUGAUUGAUGAGUUGGAAAAUCAAAUGAGUGAAGGUGGAGUUAUUGUGGAUUGCCUCGGUUGUGAUUUCUUCCCAGAAAGCUGGUUUCAUGUCGUUUUUGUGUUAAGAAUAGAUAACACAGUGUUGUACAAAAGACUUGAAACAAGGGGUUAUAGUGAGAAGAAACUGAAAGAGAACAUUCAGUGUGAAAUUUUUCAAGUUCUUUAUGAAGAAGCCUUAACAUCCUACAAUGAAGAAAUAGUGCAUCAGCUGCUCAGCAAGUCCAGAUGAUCUAGAGAAUAAUAUCAACAAGAUAAUGGCAUAGAUUGAACAAUGGGU